AUGUUUGGCAGGUUGAAGGGCUUCCUCAGCGGGCCGCAGGUGCCGGCGGACUCUGGGACCAAGAAGGCGACCCCUGACCCUGCCCCAGCUCCAGCUCCAGCUCCAGCUCCAGAGGAGAAGCCAGCCGAUAAGGAGGAUGGAGCCAAGAAAGUGGACAAACCGCAGGAUGCUGCUCCAUCUCCUGCCCCUGCACCGGCCCCAGACCCUGCACCUGCCCCGGCUCCUGCACCAGCACCUGCCCCGGCGGCUCCUGCCCCGGCAGCUCCUGCACCGGCUCCUGCCCCAGCGGCUCCUGCACCAGCAAACCCUGACCAAGCUGGAGCCGAGGGAGAGGAGGCGGCUCCACCUCCACCUCCGCCCAUAGUCAUCAACAGGUACUCAGACGACCAGCUCAGAGCCAUCGUCAAGCUGAUGAGAGAGAGGCAGCAGAUCUACAAGGAGAAAGUGGCCGAUCAGUACGCUUCGUCCCCCGAGAUCAGCCCUCCUGUCACACCAGUUCUACGCAGAGACGACUACACGAGGGUCAUCGAGGAGAGGCAGCGGCAGGCAGAGGAGGAGCGCAUAAAGAAGGAGGAGGCAGACAAGAAGAAGAAGGAGGAGCAGGAGAAGAAGAAGCAGGAGGACGCGCAGAAGAAGAAGGAGAAGGAGGAGGAGGACAAGAAGAAGGCAGAGGAGGAGAAGAAGAAUGAGAAGGUGGCCAUUAAGACCAGGGUAACCGAGGCCGGCUGGAUGGCGGUGGACAUGGUGCUGAAGCCCAUCGAGGACAGGAUGGACUCCGUGGUGGGCAGCACCAUCGACCCGUUCACGGACCGGCGCUACAUCACGUGGCUGAGCCUGGUGACGCUGGCCUUCAACUACAACGUGUGGUUCAUGACGGCCCGCCUGUGCUUCCCCUACCACAGCGAGAGCGCCAUCCCCUACUGGUUCGCCGUGGACCUGCUGGCGGACUUCAUCUACCUCACGGACAACAUCAUCUUCCAGCCGCGCAAGCAGUUCGUCAAAGGAGGAGACAUCAUAAAAGACAGAACAAUGACGAAGAAGCACUACAGAGACUCAGAGAGAUUCAUGGUCGACGUGAUCUCCAUCCUUCCCUUUGACUUGCUCUACACGCAGUUUGGUUUUAAAUCCAUCUUCAGAUUCAAUCGUCUCCUCAAGGGAGGAACGUUCUUUGAGUUCAGCGAUCGUCUGGAGAGCAUCAUGGCCAAGGCCUACAUCUGGAGAGUGAUCCGCACCAUCGGCUACCUGCUCUUCAUGCUCCACCUCAACGCCUGCUUCUAUUACGUGGCCUCAGACUAUCAGGGCAUCGGCAAAACUAAGUGGGUCUACUCCGGCAUCGGCAGCGCGUACCUGCGUUGUUACUACUUCGCGGUCCGCAGUCUGAUCAACAUCGGGGGUCUUAACGAGCCCCACACCGUCUUUGAGAUCGCCUUUCAGAUGACUAACUUUUUCACGGGCGUCUUUGUGUUCUCCAGUUUGAUCGGACAGAUGAGGGAUGUCAUCGGUGCAGCCACAGCGGGGCAGACCUACUUUCGUUCCUCCAUGGACAACACCGUCGCCUACAUGGUGACCAACCGCAUCCCCUCCUUGGUGCAGAACAGAAUCCGCACCUGGUACACCUACACCUGGGACGCCCAGGGCAUGCUGGAUGAGUCGGAGCUGCUGGACAAGAUGCCUCUCGUGAUGAGAACCGCCAUCGCUGUCGACAUCAACCUCGCUACCUUCCAGAAGAUCGAUCUGUUCAAGGGCUGUGACCAGCAGAUGUUGGUGGACAUGUUGCUGCGGCUCAAGUCCAUCGUCUACCUGCCCGGAGACUUUGUCGUGAAAAAAGGCGACAUCGGUAAAGAGAUGUACAUCAUUAAGAGUGGAGCGGUGCAGGUGGUGGGAGGACCCGACAACAGCAUCGUGUUCGUCACGCUGAAGGCUGGAUGUGUGUUCGGAGAAAUCAGUCUCUUGCAGUCUUCCAAAGACGGAGGCAACAGGCGGACGGCUAAUGUCAAAGCCUACGGCUUCGCUAAUCUCUUUGUCCUGGAGAAGAAAGACCUGUUUGACAUUCUGGUCCACUAUCCAGAGUCUCAGAAAGUUCUGGCCAGGAAGGGCAGAAAACUGAUGAAGGCUAAAGGCCCGGCAGCAGCCAAGGCCGAGGAGGAGAAGAAGAAAGGACUGGCGCUGUUCGGACCCAAACCGCCGACUCCCAAACUGCUGCGAGCCUUCGGAGGAAACAUCAACAGAAACAUCAUCGAUAAAAUGAAGGUAACCACACGUCACUGUUGUCCUCAAAGGAACUGUUUCUACUUGGUUAACAUUAACCUGUAA